AUGCUGUGGCCGCCAUUCCCAUCACCUGGGAUAGCUGCUUUGGUCUGCAGGCUGCUGCUGCCACCUGCUGCAAAACAACAGCCAUGGAGGGGCUGCCACUUGGGUCUUGCCCAAGGCAUCAGAAAUGCUGGUGUGAGCUCUUCUUUGGGAGACAUAGGGAGAAAAUGGACAUACUGUGCUGUUUACUCCAUCAUCCAGAUCCAGUUUUUCAGGGAGGUAUGGGAAGAAAUAUUCAGUGUAGGACAAGCCACAUAUGCUCCGCCUGAUUCUGAUGUCAACUUGACCUGCCUAACAAAGGAGAAAGGCUUCCUGGUACAGAUGCAAUGGUCCAAGGUCACUGAUAAAACUGACCCGAUUAUUAUUUAUCAUCCCCAGUAUGGCUUCCACUGUGUCCUAGGGCACACCUGUGAGUCCCAGGUGGCAUGCAUAGAAACUCAGAAGAAUGUAACGCCGAUUGUUAUACUAGAUGAACGCAACCAUACAAUAGAAACAGAGACGAAUCGGACUCUGGAAAUACCAUGCUUUCAAAAUACCUCCUCAGAAAUUUCACCUGGGUUCACCUUUGCAUGGUUGGUGGAGAAAGAUGGAGUCCAGGAAGAUCUCUUCAUCCAUAAUGACCACAUCAGCAAUUCUACAUCACUUAAAGUCAGAGUCAAGCUGCGUGCAGACUCUGGACUCCACCUCUCUCCAGUCCAAAUCCAAGAUGAUGGCAAGACAUUCUCUUGCCACUUGGUAGUCAAUCCUCUUGAAGUCUGGAAGACCUCCACUACAGUCAAAGUUUUUGCUAAGCCAAAAAUCCUCCUGAUUGUGGAAAACAGCACUAUGGAUUCUUAGGAGAGAGUAUUUACCUGCCUACUGAAGAGUGUCUUCCCCAGAGCAAAUAUCACCUGGUUAAUAGAUGGAAGUUUUCUUCAAGGCAAUGAAGAAGGAAUAUACAUUAUGAAUGAUGAGGAAAAUGACAGAAAUGGAUUUCGGGAACUGAAGUCAGUUUUAACAAGGAUACAUGGCAAUAGACCAGCCCAAUCAAACAACGUGACAAUUCAGUGUAAGGCUCUGUCCCCAGACCCCAGAAAUAAAAUGUGGAAUACUUCAUCACAAGCCAUCACACUAUCCUUGGAUUCGGUGAAUGUCUCAAUGGAGUAUCCAGCUAGUGUGACAGGAUCUACCCUAGGCACACAACCUUUUCCAGAUGACAGUGUAUCUCCUAAAAUGGGGGUAGAUGGGGAUGUGACAAUACCAGAUGCAGCUCCUCAAGGCAGUAAUUCCAGCACAAACACUAAAAACUUCAACUAUUCCCAGACAUCUGGUGGGACAGAUGUCAAAAAUUCAGUUUCAUUGGUUCUCAGUGAAAUGAACACUUCAGCCCAUUCAGAGGCAAGGUUGGCUCCUCAUGGAAAUGAGCUUUACAAAGUUGUCAUUGAGAGUGAUGCCAGCCCCAGCGUCAAAGGUGGAAGAGUGGGAGUCACUGUUGAAGUCGCAGGAGACAACCUGGUCCUCGGUGUAGCCCAGGAUGCCCUUCAGUGGGUCCUCGGAUGCCUGCUUCACCACCUUGUUGAUUUCGUCAUACUUGGCAGCUUUCUCCAGGCGGCAUGUCAGAUCCACGACAGACACAUUGGGGGUAGGAAUGCGGAAGGCCAUGCCAGUGAGCUUCCUGUUCAGCUCUGGGAUGACCUUGCCCAUAGCUUUGGCAGCACCAGUGGAUGCAGGGAUGAUGUUCUGGGCAGCCCCACGUCCAUCACACCACAGCUUCCCGGAGGGGCCAUCCACAGUCUUCUGGGUGGCAGUGAUGGCAUGGACUGUGGUCAUGAGUCCUUCCACAAUGCCAAAGUUGUCAUGGAUGACCUUGGCCAAGGAGUGGGCCCCAGUCUUCUCCAUGGUGGUGAAGACGCCAGUAGACUCCACAACAUACUCAGCACCAGCAUCAUCCCAUUUGAUGUUGGCGGGAUCUUGCUCCUGGAAGAUGGUGAUAGCCUUCCCAUUGAUGACAAGCUUCCCAUUCUCAGCCUUGACUGUGCCCUUGAACUUGCCAUGGGUAGAGUCAUAUUGGAACAUAUAGACCAUGUAGUUGAGGUCAGUGAAGGGGUCAUUGAUGGCAACAAUGUCCACUGUGCCAGAAUUGAUGGCAGCCCUGAUGUCAUCACUAGCACAACCAAAGUUCCAGAUGUCCCUACAACUGCAAGAGGAACAGCUGAAGAUGACCACAGCCAUAUCACCAAUAUAACCAUUAGUAAGCCCAGAGAUGGAAUGUUCUGGCCUGUGGUUGUAGCAGCUUUGCUCUCUUUCUGCACAAUAUUGUUCGGGUUUGGAGUAAGAAAAUGGUGCCAGUGCCAAAAAAGAAAUGUAUGUCAAGAUAUCAUGGAAAGACCCCCACCUUUUAAGCCCCCACUGCCUCCCAUCAAGUAUAUGUGCAUUCAAGAACCCACUGGGCAUGCUCUGCCUUGUCAUGAGUUGGAGGCACUGUGAGCUUCUGAGCUUUG